ACAGUGACAAUGCCACUUUCGGUACGGACUGUUCUGGUUACCGGUGCAUCUCGUGGAAUAGGACUGGAAUUUGUAAGGCAACUACUAAAGCUCACACCACCACCAGAAGUAGUGAUAGCUGCGUGUAGAAAUCCAGCAUCUGCAGGAAAAUUACAAGAAAUCGCUCAAACGAAUGCUAAUGUUAAAAUUAUAAAAUUAGAUAUUGAAAAAGACGACGACCUAGAAUCAGCUUUUCAGGAAACAAAAAAUGCUGUUGGUGAUAAAGGAUUGAAUUUGCUAAUCAACAAUGCAGGAAUUUUUGACAAAAAUCAAACAGGAACUUUAAGUACUUUGACUAGAGAACUAAUGCAGCAUCACUUUAAUGUUAAUGUUUCUGGGCCAUUAGUGGUAACACAAAAGUUCCUUCCCCUGAUCACUCAAGCAGCCUCUCAAGAUAGUUCAAAAGGUUUCAGUGCCAGCAGAGCUGGGAUAUUGAUGCUUUCUUCUGCAAUGGGAUCUCAAGAGAGGACAUUUACUCAAGGCCAUGGAGUUGGUCUUCAUUACAAAUGCUCCAAAACUGCUCUGACCAUGGCAGCUAUCAUGAUUUCCAGAGAGCUUAAGGAUUCUGGUAUUCUUGUUUUAGCUCUACACCCAGGAUGGGUACGCACAGACAUGGGCUCGGACCAGGCACCUGUUUCCCCUGAAGAUAGUGUCAGUGGAUUGUUGGAUGUUGUAGGCAAAGCAGGGGAAGAUUUAAAUGGUAAAUUGGUAACUUUUGAUGGGGAAGUUUUACCAUACUAGUAUUUAGGGAAGCAUUUAGGUUUAAACAUAUGCAAUGUUUUAUUUUCUUUUAUUGUUGAUUGGCAGUCAUUGGAAGAAUGUAAACAGAAAAAUCAUUUUUAAAAUGUAUAAAAGCACUUUUAUACUUUUAGUGGGUGCCUUAAUAUCUGUUUCCUUAGUUUCUUCUUCAUACUUAGCAAUUAUAUUCAUAAUCUUACUUAAUGGGUAAAAGGUGUUUAUAGUAUUUAUACAGGUAAAAUGUUUUGAAUUUUUAAAACUUUUCUUGUAAUUCUUGUUUCAUUUUUGUUUGUUAUAUUAACAUUAUUUGCUAUUAUGUUUACUCUUUUUUGUAGGUGGAUAAAUUUUAUUUUAAAAUUGUAAAAUUAAAUUACAUUUUAGACAAUUUUAACUUCAGGAAAUGUUUUGGAAACUUAGAGAAUGGAAAUUAAGCCUAAUUUAACAUAUUUUUUGUGAUUGGCUCGUACACACAAUUUACUCAGAUUUUAAAGCAUUUUAACCUUUGGUUGAUUUUAUUGAAUUGGUGCAUUUCUGUGGUACUAUACAAUACCAUAUGGGACAGCGUGGUGUAAGCAGUAGAGCGCUGGGCUGCUAACCCAAAAGUCUCAAGUUAGAACCCGGGUCCAAGUCAGUACAACAUCCCUGAGUCCACCCAGUUCUGAUGGGUACUUAACUCUUGUUAGGAAAAGUAUUGAUGGCUGGGCAAAGCGCUGGCCGCACCUUCCCUUCAUAUGCCGAGGUUAAGAAACAUGAUCUCUUCCUCGUCUUCCCAAAGCAUCGCUAGUUGUAAAGAGGAUUCUUGUAUUUUUAAAUACAAUACCGUAGGUGCAUUAUAAAAUGGUAAUACCAAGAGCCUAUGUUUUUGUUUUUACAAACAUUUGUACAUAGAGCGAGUCACUGGUUGUUAAGUCAAGCAUCAUUAUUUGACUAUAAAAGGCAUUAAACCAAAUUAAAAAUACUUCUUAAGGUGCAGAUUUUUUCUUGAUGACUUUUAUGAUUGUGAUAUUGCAAAUUCACCCAAUAAUCAUUGGUUGAUUUCUAUUUCUUCCAUUUCAUCAGCAUUAUUCCUUAUACAAUUGAUUGUUGAAGUUUAACUCCUUAGCAAACAACUGUACAUUCAAUUUAUCUUAUGGAAUUUAUUUUCAUUAUUUAUUUCUUCAUGAAGUGCAUUCUUAUUAGCAUAAUCUUUUGAGUUUCUCAAGACAGCAAUUAUUUAUAAGAUGCAAUUCAUCUUUGAAAACUGCAGUUUCCUGGUUACUAGUCAAUAAAUAGAUGUUAUAAUUUGAUGUAUGUCUGUACAAGCAGUUAAAGUAAAGCUUUAAUCAGAUUAUAUUUGUCCAAUGCCUUACAUAUUUUUUACAUAUUAAUUUUUUUAAUAAUGUAUGUUAAUGGAAAUAAAUGCAUUUUGUUAUUCAAGUAAAACUUAUUCUGAAAAAUAAAUCUUAAAA